AUGGCUGACAAGGAAAGUCCACAACUCUCACAGGAUGACCUCCUGGCUCGAAUCGCCGAGCUACAGGCAGAAGUACGAAGAAUAGCCGAGUUGUCUACUCAGAACAAUGGAGAAAGCUCCAAAAACUCGGCUCAAGGUGCUACAGACCCUUUGAACAUCGCCCCGCCAAAGGAGAAGCUCACCCUCGACAACCCCUUCUCCGAGGAGAUCACAAAUUAUCAAAUGCCAAAAAACUUUACUCUCCCAACCGCACUGGAGCCAUACAAAGGAGCAUUUCCUACCUACCUCGACAGUGCUGCAUUACUCUGGUUCUCUAAACUCCCUGAAGGAUCAAUUUCCUCCUUCGAAGAUCUUGCCAGAUCAUUCAUCGAUUACUUUGCCGCGUCGAGAAUCUAUGUACACGGAUCGGACUAUCUCGGCACCAUCAAACAAGGCCAGCACGAGAGCCUGAAAGACUACAUGACCAGAUUCGCUGACGCUACCAUGGAGAUCCAAGACUUGGACCCAGCCGUUCACCUGCACGCCCUCAAAGCCGGCCUCAGGCCUAGUAAAUUCCGGGAGACCAUCGCCAUAACAAAGCCAAAGACGCUAGAGGAGUUCCGAGAAAGGGCGGCAGGUCAAAUGGAAAUCGAAGAACUCCGAGAAGCCCAAAAAUCAGACAAACAACCAAGUCGGAGAGAUGAAGAAAGAACUUUCAGAUCGCCAGUCAACAGGGACAGUAAGAAACCUUCCAAGCCCGCUUCAAAAUACAACACAUACACCAGAUUCAAUACCAGAAGAGAAAACAUUAUCAGAGAAAUCCUCAAUGCCAAAAUCAUAAAGCCACCAGCCCGAGCAGGAAACUACCAGGAUCAAAGGUUCGUGGAUAAAACAAAGCAUUGUGCUUUCCACCGAAAGUUCGGUCACACUACGGAUGACUGCAUCGUCGCGAAGGACCUCCUAGAAAGGCUAGCACGCCAAGGGCUCUUGGACAAGUAUAUCGAGACCCGGAAGGGCAAAGGAGGAAACUCGGACAGGAUAGAGCAUAAGCAAGCAAAGGCCGAUGACAAAAAAGAGAGGACGACUCCUGAUUCACCAAGGGGAGUCAUUAACCACAUAUCAGGAGGAUUCGCAGGCGGAGGAGAAACAAACUCGGCCAGGAAACGAAGCUACAGGGCAAUGCUGGCAAUCGAAGGAACCAUACAACUAAAGAAGGACAAAGGACCAGACGUCACAAUAUCCUUCAACCAAACAGACUUCAAAUCGGCAAGCCCUAACCUCGACGACCCCGUGGUAAUUUCAAUCCAAGUCGGAGAACUGUUGGUAAGAAAGACAUUAUUAGAUCCAGGUAGUAGUGCUGAUGUUUUAUUUUACUCUACCUUCACAAAAAUGAAAUUAUCUGAAAAAUUAAUACGACCUUCCUCUGGAGAGCUAAUCGGGUUCUCCGGAGAGAGAGUCCCCAUCAUGGGACACAUAUGGCUAAAGACCAAGAAGCUCGGCAGUGCUACAAUGCUAGUCUAA